AUGUCUCACAAUCGCUACGCCUCUCUAGCUUCUGUCCUCUCUCUCGACACUGGACCGGAUACCGCCUCAGAUGUUGGGCUAUCCGACAGCGAGACGGAGUCCGUCCCGCCUCAGACCCCCACCGAUGUCUCUGGCAGCGCUAGCAUUGCCACUCACUACUCCCCUGGAAGCACCUUUACCGACAACCUUGAGUCAUCUCCAACCGCCAUUGCAAAGCUGUCCGGCGGCAAAGGGGGACGUCGGGGCCCCCUCAAUCAUUUCGACAACUUCAAGGCUCUGCAUCGCUUCGCAACCACUCAUGUCGCACAACCUGAAGACACUCACCUCAUCUUCGGAUACCUCCGGGACAUCUCGACACUGUGGGAGCAGUGGGUGGACGGUGGACAAGUGGGAUUUGUAGUCAAGGAGAUACUUGGGAUCACGGAGAGAGAGUUCUUGCUACUGCAAACCAUGGUGGAGGAGAGCUGGGACUGGGAGGUGAGCGAGGAUCUUGUCAAGUACGUUGCGUUUCUGCGUACGAUCAAUAUGGACUUCUGGCCAGGUGAUGGCAGAGUCGUGCUCCAAGCGCCGACGUUCAGCGAGGACUUCUCAAUCAACAUCCUCUUCGAUGUUGCAUCCAUGUUGCGCCUAAGUUCCGCCCCUUUUAACGAGGCGAGGCCGACAGUGGCAUACAAGACCGACGUCAAGAACACUGAUGUGCAGUUUACGUUACGCCACAGCGCCGUUGUGAAGGACAUAGAGGCCGUUCCGGGUACAGAGAUCUUCCUCACGCUGGUGACCGACACACGCCAGGAGUUCGUAUAUCAGAUGAAGAAGUGUUCACAGAUCGCUGCGGCAUUGCCGUCACUCACUAUACUUCAAGGAUUCAUCGUCGCCAUGAUUGGGCCGGCCGAGGCAACCGUGGAGAGGCAUGACCUGUACAGCGCCAGACGCGUACCGCCGGGUGCGGCAUCCCAGUCCAUGGAAGUAUGUGUGGUGGUCUACACAUCCGCAGAGUUUGCCAGAUUUCGGGUGGCGGCGAGCGGCGCCAUGGGUUUCGAGGACUGGGUGGAGGAUCCCAACUUCAUGAUCAAGACCUACGCCGCAGACGUCCCGGCUGACGGCUUCCGCUUGCUGGAUGAACACAUCCAUAGGAUCGUGCUAUCGCACGCCUCCAACAUCGCCCAGCGCUCGCUCUUGGCCCCGCCCCGGAGCGAGGAGAUGGACACGCAGCUUCUGGAGGACGUCUGCCAGGGGGCUGGUGAUAAGGUAGUUCGGUGGCUGCACCGGGUGGUGUACGAGAAGUUAUCGGCCAUCGUCUGCCAGCGCCAGGGGCUGGGCAAGCCUUUCAUUGGGAACGGCCAGCAGCCUUACUAUGCGAAGGGCCUCUCUCGCAACGCGAUCGCCUGCAUGCGGCGUUAUACCGGCGCACAUGUCCCUGUGAGAAGAGAAGGUGAUAAGCCCAGUGACAUGGCUGACAUACCCAUCACAUGCACCGCAAUCUCUCUGGGCGAGUCGCCCGCCAUCGUCCCGGACACCGCAUACAUCAUUCAUUUCGGUUUCACCAUUCACGCCGUGGUUAUUCAGGAAACUGGCGUGUCUCAAACGCCUCAACAGCUCAUGCGGAAGUGUCGGGACAUGGUGGCACGAAAUCUCAUACCAGCUUGUGGGGUGCUCCUGGUGUUUGUGCACGAGACUCGCGGGGCCCCAAACACCGUUCCCGACACCGUUCCACAGCAUUGGAUCAAUGCGACACAAGAAGAGCUGGCUUUGAAGGCCAAAAACGAGGCUAAUCAGGCGGGCCCGAAAGCUGAUCCGGACGAUGCGAACAACGCACAAGCUGCCAGGAAGUCCAUCUCAAAGCUAUGGGGACCUUGGGAGCUCCUUGGGACACCCCCAAGCAAGUUUCGCGAACGGUGGCACGGUCACAUCGUUCCCCCUGUCGCCCUACGCGGCAUUGUUCUUCAUGGCGCGACCCAGCUAUAUGCCGUGGCCGUAUUGCCGUCAGAAUAUGGCCUGUUCGACAGGGCCGUCGAGGAGCACUGGAGCUUGCACAAGGUCCUCGAGGAAUUUAAGAGCAUGGAGUUCUGCCUGAAAAUGGGGAGCACGCCGCACUCCACCGAGGACGCCGUGGAGGAGUUCAGGAAGCGACUCCUCAUGAUGGCCAUCUUGACAAACAAGCUGCUGAAAGCCAUCGUUGCCCGUGAAACCAACGCCAUUGACAACGAUGUGCCGGGCAUUCUACACCACUUCCCCGGGGUCACGUCGACGCUGAGCAAUAGUGUUUUGCUCAGUGUUGCGGAGCAGGACAUCCCCGGUUUCUACACUACCCUACCGUCCCUCGACCCCUCUGACCCGGACGUCGCUGACACAUUCAACAUCAUCGGAGGCACCCUCACCACCUCCCUGCUCAACAACCUCGCCGGCAAGUUGCCCUCUAGGGUUCUGGACUACGUAACGUGCGUUUGUCAAGUUCGCCUUCGCAAGGCGGUCGAUGCAAAAAUCGCGAGCGAAGCGGCUUUGCGUAAGAAGUUGGAUGGUAAGAAACGGGCAAAGAGGGAAGCGGCGCAAACUCGUGCGGCGAAGGUACAGCCGGCCAAGGGCGGCGGCUCAAGUGGGGGAGGCUCGAAAGGCUCUGGAAGUUGA